CUCUCCCCUCUUUCUCUUCUUCUAUAAAUUCCUUUCAUUUUUCUGUAAUGACCCCGGACAAUCCGCAACCCGCCGAUAAUGAUAACUCGCUGAGGCGUGGAUGGCGGAGAGGAUGAUGGUGGUUUCCGGCAGCGAAUCCGAUGUAACCGAGGUAAGAAAAGGUAAGAGAUAGAGAUAGUGACAGAGAUAGGGUUGAGGAUAGGGGGAGAAGAGAAUUGGGGAUUAGAGGUAGAGAAGAGAUAAGAUUAGGAUAAGAAAUUGGGAUAGAGAUUAGAGUUAGAAAAAGAGAGAUUUGAGAGAAGAGGAGCAUGAAGAAGAUGAGAGAUUGGGUAAGAAACAGAUUCAAUAUUCCAUUGAUGUCCUCGCUGUUACAUCCUUGUACCGAAAAGAAAUUAAACUAUCCUAGGAGGGCUUCCACAGCAAAUUGUAAAAAAGGGAACUGUGGGCCUUCUGGGUUGAAUUCAGAUGGUUUAUGGGCCUCAGAGCUUCACUGGUCCAUGAGCCUCUUGUAACCGGGGAAUGAAAACCGGGUCGUCCUCCCCGUCUGAUCCUCAGGUGAGCGGAUACUGGGUCCGCGUUUCAUGCCCGAUCCGAAAAUCCGACUGCCCGAUCCAUCAGUUGAGUGGUAACCGGGUAAGUGGGUUUCGGUCCUCUCUUCUUCGCACUAUCCACAGCCCGGCGGUUCUUGGCUCCGCGUUUUGCCUCCGCUCCGAGAUCCUGAAGCUUCGACCCGCAGGAGCUUGAGUACUUCCUUCUUCCCGGAAUACGUAGAUUCUGUCGGAGCCUUUCCUACCCCCUCGGUCCUUCCUCUGCUCUCUCUCUCCGCUCCGAAAAUGCCCUAGCUCCGUCGAUCCGCCGGAGUUCCAUCCGACAACCCUCGCCGAAUCGUUCCGCCAAGCUCGCCCUUCUUCAACUGCUGCAGCCGCUUAUCUCUGCUCUACUGUGUAAAGUUGACAUUUUUUUGCUAACUUCCCCUGUUAACUACUACUUCUAUCAUUUAUUCUUCAGGGUUGUUACACUUUCUCUCUUUUUCUAUAAAUUCUAGAAGAUUUUUCUCUUUUCUCUCACACAUGCAUUCUCGCACAAGUUGCAUACGGCUGGCCUAGUCUUCCCCCUGGUACGGACACCACAAAGGCUUCAGCCGUACAUCACCUCUUGGGAGCACUACAACGUUGUAGUGCUCCCAAGAGAGAGAGAGAGAGAGAGAGAGAGAGAGAGAGAGAGUUAUUGGUGGUGUUGGUGAGGAGGAGAAAAAGAGAAUGCAGCAGCAUCUCAUGCAGAUGAACCAGAACAUGAUGGGGGGCUAUGCUUCCCCUACCACUGUCACCACUGAUCUCAUACAGCAGUACUUAGAUCAGAACAAACAGUUGAUUCUCGCCAUUCUUGAUAACCAGAACACUGGGAAAGUGGAGGAGUGUGCUCGAAAUCAAGCUAAGCUUCAACAUAACCUCAUGUAUCUCGCCGCCAUUGCUGACAGUCAACCUCCUCAAGCAUCAGCCAUGGCUCAGAUGGAUGGAGAUGGAGGGUUUGCUUUCGUCCAAUGGGUACGUGAUGUUUGCACCCAAAGAAUGGACGACCUACAUAAUUUCUUCAAAAAGAAAGGCAACUUUUGACUGGAGGGAUGCUAGAGUCGUGACUCCCGUCAAAGCCCAAGAUUCUUGUUGGGCCUUUGCUGCUGCUGCAGUAUGGGAUUAAAAAAGGAGAGUUGCUGAAUUUAUCAGCACAGCAGUUACUAAAUUGCACAAAUACUAGUUUCUUACAUGGCGGUAGUGAAGAAGGUGAAAACAUGUUUGCAGCAUUCAGCUAUAUGUUGGAAAAUGGAGGGCUUGCUAGGUGGGAGAACUACCCAUACAAAAUGCGGAAGGGCCGCUACAAUGGUCAACUCGCAAGGCAGCAAGCCGCGCAAAUCGAUUCGUUUCACAUCGAAAACUAUGUAAUUGAGAAUAGAUUAAGAGCACUAAUUGACAAGCAGCCUGUUGUGGCUCAAGUCUUAGCGAAUCGCUCAUUUGCCGACUAUGAUGGAGGAUUUUUUGCUGGAUAUCCUGCUGAAACUACUAAUCAUGAAGUAUUAAUAACUGGAUAUGGAACGGACCCGGAACAUAGAGAUUAUUGGAUGAUAAAAAAUUCCUAGGGCGAAGAAUGGGGAGAAGGAGGGUUCAUGAGAUUGAAACGAGGGGUAGGGGCUUGCGGAAUUAAUCAUCUGAUCGGUUUUUCGAUUAUAAGGUAAUUUCUUUUCCACAACAAUAUUAUUAAUUUUUAGAUUGUUUCGCUUAUUCUAUUAAAUAAUAAUGUUAUUGUUUAUAUGACAGGGAUUUGAAGUUUGUAUCCUUUCUAUCACAUUUGAUUUUGUUUUGAUCUAAGUUUUAUUUUGUUUUGAUCUAACCUGCAUACUCUUAUUCGAUAUCCAAAGCCAGAUGGAGAGAUGUCAUUUGAUGUGCCGACUUCAUUAUACAGGUUCAGUAUUUCAACCAUGCUAUCUCAUUCGCCAAUCCUUCUUUAUAUCUUUACAUGUGCUAGUCCAAGUCCAAGAUAUGGAUUUUCUAAUUAAUGAUAGUUUGAUGUCUAUAUAGGAUGCAGAUAUUGAUUCUUUCAAAUACAAAUUAUUUCACUACUAAGUUUUUGGCUAAUAAAAAUAUAUUGAGUUACUGGAGAAUAUAAACUUUCUGCUGUGAAACUCAAAUGAAACUCUCUCUUCGUCUGGGUAAUUAUGUUUAGCCAUUCAUAAUUUAUGUAAUUUUGAUAUGCAUUUUGCAAUUUUAAUUUUUGUUGUUCCAUCGUGAUUCUCCUCAAUCCAUUUGUCUAAGGUGGGAAAACCUUGUGGACUUCUUUUCUUGAUGGGGCACGGUAACUCAAUAUAUUUUUUAUUAGCCAAAAACUUAGUAGUGAAAUAAUUUAUAUUUGAAAAAAUCAAUAUCUGCAUCUUAUAUAGACAUCAAACUAUCAUUAAUUAGAAAAUCCACAUCUUGGACAAGCACAUGUAAAGAUAUAAAGAAGGAUUGGCAAAUGAGAUAGCAUGGUUGAUAUUCUGAACCUGUAUAAUGAAGUCGGCACAUCAAAUGACAUCUCUCCAUCUGGCUUUGGAUAUCGAAUAAUAGUAUGCAGGUUAGAUCAAAACAAAACAAAACCUGUGGGAUAAAUAUAUUAGAGAGAGGUGAUAGAAAGGAUACAAACCUUUGUAUAGUUAGAUCAAAACAAAAUCAAAGGUGAUAGAAAGGAUACAAACUUCUAAUCCCCGUCAUAUAAACAAUAACAUUAUUAUUUAAUAGAAUAAGCGAAAUAAUUUUAAAAUUAA